UCGGUGCCUUCAAAGCUCUUUUCUCGUUUGUUCACAUUUGGAGCAGAUACCCGUGUGUGUGCGUGUGUGUUGAGGCGGGUUAAAGGAUAUACAGUUUGCGCAGUGACGCCGCCAGUUUGUGCUAGAUGGGUGAUUACGGGUUCGCCUUACACUCGGCUCUCCUCAGCAGUAGCGGCAGCUAUAACAGUCUCCCUCUCGGCUCAGCAAACCAUGCAGGAUGAUUUACUGAUGGACAAAAGCAAAGCUCAGCCUCACCACCAGCACCAGCAGCAGCAGCAAGACCCAGCCAACGUCGAGCCUCCUUCCACACCGACUCCCUCACCGUCCGAGCCGGCGAUCUCUGAGGACAGCAGCCCGUUGAGCGGGAGCAGCCAAGCGCCUUCGGUCCAAAGCAGCAAAGAGAAAGUAGCAAUGGAAUCACCGAUCCUGCCGGGUCUGGGCUUCCCGGAGACCGGUGGCAACUCCUUGUCUCCGUCGUUCGCCAGCACUUGGUCAUCUGGAACGGCGAACGCAGUGGACGAUAGUUUUUUCCAAGGAAUCCCCUCGGUGAACGGCACCAUGCUUUUCCAGAACUUCCCUCACCACGUCAACCCGGUUUUCGGAGGCGGAUUUUCGCCGCAGAUCGGCUUGGCACAGUCACAACAGCAGCAAGUACAACAACAGCAGCAGCAGCAGCAGAGGAGAUCUCCGGUCAGCCCCAACCAGGCUGUUUUUCCUCAGCGGAACGCAUACAGCCACCAGGCCGUGGUGAACAGCAAGGCCUCGCCGUCUUCGUCCUCCUCGUCGUCGGCAUGGAGCGCUCAGCAGAGCGCCGUGUGGAGCUCCGGCUCCAACCCCUGGAGCGGGCUGCCGGCCGGCCGGGACCCGCGGAGAGCCGUCGGUGUAGGAGUCGGCCUGCCUUCGGCUCUUAACCCCAUCUCUCCGAUGAAGAAACCCUACCCGACUAAUGUCAUCGCCCCGCCGAAGUUCCCCAGAGCCGCCCCGCUUACCCCAAAACCCUGGCUGGAGGACAACGCCUUCAGAACGGACAACGGCAACCUGCUACCUUUUCAGGACCGGAAUCGGCCCUUUGAUCCAUUUAACUUGCAAACUUUGGAGAAUUCCUUAAUGGAUAUGAUAAGGACUGACCACGACAAAGGUAAACACCACCCUGUCGGGGGCCCACCAAUGACUAUCGCUGAUAUUGUGUGGAGGAAUCAUUUUGCAGGACGCAUGGGUCUGAACUUUCACCACCCAGCAGCAGAACACAUAAUGCCACUGACCAGGAGUUAUGGUCGCAGAAGAGGUCGCUCAUCACUGUUUCCUUUCGAGGAUGGCUUUUUGGAUGAUGCUCAUGGAGAUCAGUCUCUAACUCCAGGGCUGAACUCCCCUACUCGCUGUCAGAACGGUGAGAGGAUGGAGCGUUACUCCAGAAAGGUCUUUGUUGGUGGACUGCCUCCAGACAUCGAUGAAGAUGAGAUCACCAAUAGUUUCCGUCGCUAUGGACACCUGGUGGUGGACUGGCCCCAUAAAGCAGAAAGCAAGUCCUACUUUCCUCCUAAAGGUUACGCCUUCCUGCUUUUCCAGGAAGAGAGUUCAGUUCAGGCCCUCAUCGAUGCCUGCAUUGAGGAAGAUGGAAAACUCUACUUGUGUGUCUCCAGCCCCACCAUUAAAGACAAACCAGUCCAGAUCCGCCCGUGGAAUCUGAGUGACAGUGACUUUGUGAUGGACGGCUCACAGCCUCUGGACCCUCGCAAGACCAUCUUUGUGGGAGGAGUCCCUCGACCUCUGCGCGCAGUGGAGUUGGCGAUGAUUAUGGACCGGCUGUAUGGAGGUGUGUGCUAUGCUGGCAUUGAUACUGACCCUGAGCUGAAGUAUCCUAAAGGAGCAGGUCGAGUGGCCUUCUCUAACCAGCAGAGCUACAUCGCUGCCAUCAGCGCUCGAUUCGUCCAGUUGCAGCACAACGACAUCGACAAGCGGGUGGAGGUGAAGCCGUACGUGCUGGACGAUCAGAUGUGUGACGAGUGCCAGGGAGCGCGCUGUGGAGGCAAGUUCGCCCCGUUCUUCUGUGCCAACGUCACGUGCCUGCAGUACUACUGUGAGUACUGCUGGGCCAGCAUCCACUCGCGCGCCGGCCGCGAGUUCCACAAACCGCUGGUGAAGGAGGGAGGAGACCGACCACGCCAUGUCUCCUUCCGCUGGAGCUGAUGGAGGAGUGACCUCCCUUCCUCACUUCUUCACUCCCAUCAUCCCCCUCCAACCAACUAACUACCACCAUCACCACCAUCACAACUACAACCGAAGAUAACAUGGGUCUUCUUUUAUCCUUUCUUUUAAACAAAAAAAAAAAAAUGCACAGCUCUUAAUAUCUUUGUCCACCAUACUCUCUGCUAAUGAACAUUCAGUCGAAUAAGAAUUUUGAGUCUUUCUGCUCAGAAAUUUGCACUUUGGCACACAUGUACACACUUGAUGUUAGCUAGGUCAUGACAAUACUGUUCUUUUUUUCAAGUUUACUUCAAUUUCCUCUAGUCAGUCAGUGUUUCCCAAUAGGACAUCAUUUAGACAAGAGUGAGACUACACACACACACACACACACACACACACACACACACACAUACAUAUAUAUAUUUAAAAAAAAAUGAUUAUAUUUUUGGUUUUGUAAUCUAUAAAUAUAUAUAUACGCAUAGAUAAUUCCUUUUUUAUUUUAUUUAAUUUUCUUUUUUUUUUUUUUUUAAAGGAGCAUGCACUUGUUUUCAGAAAACCUAUAUCAUUGCCCCGAGUAGAAAAUGUGAGGGAACAAAAUUACCAAAGGUGAAAAUCAACCUUUUAUUAAGGGUAAAAUAAAAAAAUUUUAAAAAACAAACCAAUCAUAAAUGAAUCUAAAAUUCGAACACACCUACUGUAUUCGCUCUCAACAGUUCAGUUAAUACCUCAUGUGCACAAUCAGAUUUUGUUUCCUUCGCUUAUCAUUUUUAGGCCUUUUUUAUUUUUUUAAUAAUAUUAUUUUUUAGUGUUAUGUACAUGUAAUGCUGCAAUAGCUUUUGCUGCUAAAUCCGUGGUAUAUAGUUGUAUACCAUAGUACUUUAUUCAGGCUGGGAAGUGGAUGAGAAUCGGUUAGGGCGCCUGGUUGGGAGGUGAGCAGGCCGGCAUGAGAGCGAGCGUCGGCCUCGGCGCGGUCUCUGCUCGUCCCUGAACUGCAUGGUUCUCCGAAUCAGGUCUCUGCAUGCAAUAGAAUUUUCAGUAUCGAGUCUAUUAUUCAUCUUGGCCCACUUUGCACAUGGUAGACGAGGACACAGGGCAGGAAAGCGCGCGGGAGACGGAGACGGAGACGCCGCGAGAGGAAAGCCCGUCUCGCUCGAUCUCGCUGAUCGUAUCAUGCUGAAAGCUAAAAGCGAGAACAGACGACUAAACCGCAGUUCUGAUUUAAAAGGCCUAGAUGUAGGAUAAGCCUUCAAACAAGCUGUCUCUAGUAGGUGAAGAACAUUUUUCUUUUUUCAGUAAUUUGUUAAUAUAAUUGUGCAAUUUUUUUAUACGGUAUGUAGUUAGGUUUGAGUAUAUGCCUAGAACUGUGAUUCGCUUUAACUGUUCUUGAUGUCUAACAAGUCCUGUGAAAACUUCAUAACCAGUGUAUACAGUACACAGAAACACUCACUCGCAUACAUACAGUCUUCCCUGUCCCUCUGUUUCGUAUACACACACACACACACACACACACACACACCUUUUGAUAGUUCUCACUCACACAGGAUGUAUAAAAACUAGCCCCUUUCCUAAAAACUACCAACACCAUUCACUAGAACUAAUACCACGUCAGGCCUCGACGCUUCUGCCUGACUAGUGAAGUGACUAAAAGACAAAAAAAAAAUACUGCAGUGACGUGUUUUUCCCCCGCAAAGACCCACAUAAAGAGUUCCGACAGUGUGACUGCAGCACAUUGGAUUAACAUCACCAGAACAUUGUGUGCUCGCUGCAUUUAUAUAUCUAUAUAUCUCUAUAUACACAGAUUUUCCUGCAAAGCUUGAAGAAUAGAACCAACCUGCUAAUAAUGAUGGUGGAUAUUUUUUUAAGACUAUGGGCUUGAGAGAGGACGAGUGGGAGUUUAGGAGAACACAAGUAUUGGCUGCUGAUGUGAUGCGUUUAAGAGCGAGACAGGGUUUUACGAGCCCAUGACAGUCCCGAGCUCGGUGUUUCACGGAGCGAAUGCUAGAUGGUCCCACCCCGUUUUCCCGUAGUGACAUUCAUCACGCCGGAAAAGGCCGCAGCAACCGUGGCUCGGGUUUUUAAUCCUAAACAGUCACCUUUAGGACGGAACACUUUGUUCGCUUUUGGAAGAAAAAAAAAUUACGUAAAACAAGAGCUACUUUUUUUUUACUGAUGGUAAAAAAAAAACAAAAACAAAAAAACAGCAGAAAACUAAUCAUGAAUAGCAAUGAGGAUCCUUAUGGACGUGAAUUCUGGGGGGUUUGUGAUAUUUCCUUCCCAACCCAGAAGGGUUUUCUAGAUCUGUUCCUUUUCUGUAAUAGACAUUUGUUAUGCACUACUCUUUGUAUCUAGAUGGUUAGCUAUCAGUCAGCUAUUUUUUUUGUUGAGAGAGCGCAAGCGAGAGAGAGAGGAAAAAAUAGAAAAUGUGUGCUUUCUGACUGAUGUGAUCUUUUGCAAUACCUCAAUUUUGAAAUAUAAUAGGAGAGAAAUCAAUAUUUUCUAAGUAAGUUUAUUCAAAUACAAAAUAUAUAUUAAUUUAAAUUUGCAAGAAAAUGAUUUAACAGAUGGUUAAUUUUAUUUUUGUCAUGUUGAUUUGCUUUUAUGUUUAAUUUUAUUUUUUUGAGAAAAAAAAAUGAUAAAAAAGCAACUGAAGGAGCUAGAGCUUUAUAACUUUAAUAGAGUAAGAGUCAGCUGAAGUAGAGACGACCUUAACACGGCGUAAACGGGGAGAGAGAGAGAGAGAGAGAGAUUCGCCAACUGCACGCCACAGUGUUAAAAAAAGAGAAAAAAAGAAAAAAAAAAGUUCAUACAACAUCUUACUCCAGAAAGAAAGAAAAAAAACAAAAAACGGAAAAAAAAAAACAUGGACAUCCAUUAGGUGCUUAAAAAGUCAACUGACGAUAUUUCCCUUGGUUUUGUAUGUUUAUAAUCAGUCAUUUACUGACCAGUGAAAGAAAUUUUUUUUGUGUGUGAUUUUUUUUUUUUUUUAAACAAAAAGCUUUUUUAUGUUUAAGUGUAGCCCAUUUGUUUUGUAAAAGCAAAUUGCCCUACUUUGUUAACCUGACCUAAUUUAAGCUAAACUGAUCUUUGAUGGUUCUUGAUUAAAUGGAGAAAAACGAAAGAUUUUUUUUUUUGUUUAGUUUUUUUUAUUAUUAUUAUUUAAAAAAAAAAAAAAACACACAAAGAUCCGAACAGUUUCGGCUGUAACUUGAUCGAAAGCCCCCAAGGUGCAUCAGCAGCGUGGUGGCCUUCUAUUCACCUAAGACUUGAAUUAGUCCCAUUUUUUUUUUUUUUUUUUUUUUUUUUUUAAGGCUAUAACCUCGAUUCUUUGUUGUAAUGUGCAAUACUGUUUGUACUGUUUGUAAAAAAGAAAAAAAAAAAAGAAAAGAAAAAGAGGCAUAAAUCUUUAUUGCAGAUUUAUUUUCAUUGCAAGCAUUGUGAUUCACUAAAAUCAUUUUCUACUGUGUAUUUACCUACUCUACAUGCUAGUACCUUCCAGUGGUAAUGUAGCCUUUAUACUGAGAAAUUUUUCAUUAUUUUUAGAGAUUUUUUGCAAAAAAAGAAAGGAAUUAAAACAUUUACAUAUUUUUUUUUCUUCUUUUUUUUUAUUUCAUAUUUCUUUUACAGACUUAUUUCUCAACCAUUAAUAUUGGCUAUUUCUGGGGGAGACUUUCAUAUCUGGUCAAUGUCGUUAAUAUUAUUUUGUAUUUUUACUUGGAAUAAAUUAAUUUUAUGAUGCUAAUUCUUUAAAAAAAAAAUUCUUUUUGUUCAUUUUAUUUGAUGAAGCUGAGAACCUUUGUAAUGUUACUAGUGUCUAGAUUUUUUGAAAUGCGAAGCUUUGUGUUAACUCGCUGAUGUUGCUAACAUUAGUGUGACAAUGAUCUCAAGUCAGGGGGGGGGGUUUCAAAGCUAGGAAUUGAUGCUUGGUAAUGGAAAAUGACGUAAUGUAUCGACUGAAUGGGCAAUAAAACGAAAUGGCAGAAAGGAGCGAAUGUGAGGUGAAUGUUUAACUACUUCUACUCCGAUCACUGCCACUGAAACGCCCACGAUGUGCUGAAAUUAAAGCAGCGUGCUGUGGCUGGAGAGUGUCACAACAACUUUCUGAGAGCAUUCACUCACAAAUACCCCGUAGAAGAUUAUUUUCCCCAUCUGUAGCAGGACUCGGUGUAUAUAAGAGGCCAGUGGUUAAGGUUCUGUGCUAAUCCUGGGCCACACUAGAGGAUAAUCAGGAUGAAGUUGUUUUCCGUUUUCUCCCCAAAUAUGCUCUUGCCAAUUCCCAUCCACCAACUUACUCUCCUCGAUCACACGCCAGCUCCCACGCAGAGAGGGUGAGGGCCAACUGCAUCUUUGCAAACUGUUGACCUGCUGCGUCAAAGGGCAGCGGAACCUGAUAUCUGCGCGAGCGCACAGAUGGCAACGAUUGGCUAGUGUCAAUGUGAUCAUGCCGUCCUUCGCACCAAGAGAACUCGAGCCAAUUUCGCUCUCUUGACUCUCGGACACAGAGAGCUGUGGCAUUGUUGGGAUUCAAGCUUGUUCUCCCGAUAGCACAAACGCGUUUUUUUUUUUUUUUUUUUUUUUUUUUUGAAAUGAACCAAAACCUUCUGACCAAUUAGAUAUAAGCAUUUAACCGUGCUGUGACAUCAUCAUAGAUUUGAAACAUGCAAAAAAUUACGACUCCCCAUCCUGUAAUGUACGGCAACACCCACUUCCCUGACCUGAAGACGUGGGUGAGUGACAGCUGAGAGAAAUCGUCAUCCACCAAGUCAUAUGUGGUUCGGCAAAUUCCCAGGUUCUGAGAGUUGGGAUCUUUGGUGCAAAAAUUAGUGCAGUCUGUCAUUUCUCGCACCCCCAGGGUUGGGGGUUUGAAUCCCGCCUCUCGCAUGUGCUUCGGGGGUUUCCUCCAGGCAGCCUGCUUUCCUCCCGAGGCCAAAGACGUGUGUUGUAGGCUGAUUGGUAUUUCCAAAUGAUCCGUAGUGUGUGAGUGGGUGUGUGACUGUGCCCUGCGAUGGGUUGGCACCUCGUCCAGGCUCCCUGCAAUCCUGUGUAGGAAAAGCAGUACAGAGGAUGGAUGGAUGGGAAUCCUGUAGUGUGACCCAGGCGUUAGAGACGGAAAGAUUGUAGAGGUCUUGAAUAAGCCGCUUAAUGCUCUUUAACCCAUCAGCGUGCUGUAUGCGACCCUGCGCUCUGCCCCUGACAUUCUAAUCAGAGUUGAGUAAACAUUUCCCCGUGUUCGUUUUUCAUUUUCAUACAGUCCAUUGUGACUAGCUGUGUGUGCAUGUAGUCCGUGACUGCAACUCGGUCAGCGUUCAGAUAUGCAACUGAUCCACCAGUUUCCCCAAGUUCGUGCAAGUUCACAAGUAAACAUUUUGGCUACGAUCUUAAAGAACACCCCCUCAUCAUUUUUAAUUUUAUUUAUUUAUUUAUAAUUGCUUGCUUUUUUUUUUUUUUUUUUUUUUUUUUUUUUAUAAAAGAAGUAAAUGCUCCAGCUCUGGUGUUGUGGUCCUCUCUUUUGCACCAAUAUCAAAACAAGAAUGUCCUCUCUAGCUUGCUUAUUUCUACCUAUUUGUUUUGGUCUUUUACUAAUCCGAGGCUUGCCUACUAACCUCCUAAUGUCGUCCUCCUGAAACGGUUAUUUUUGCUCUCACUGGCGACUGUUGAUCAUUUCAUCAUUAGCUCACUGCACUCAUUUCGUAACCCUUGUUCUAAAAAGGACCUUCGCGUCGAAUAAUGUCACCGAACAGCUGCUGAGGAACCAGGAGAAGAGAAAGCGAAGCCGCGUCCUGGCGACUGUUUCACACUCUCUCUGUAGAUGUCUAUAUAUUUCCUGUACUAGAUUUGGGGAGUUAUUUAUUCACCCGUGCUUCAUAUGCUCAUUCUCCGUGGGUGGAGCUGCAGCCCACUCGGUCAUGUUGUGAAAAACAAACAAACAAACAAACAACCAUAUACAGAUAUACCUAUAUACAUGAAAGAUUGAUUUCUUUUUCCGAAGUUAUGUUUUAAUUUAUAACUAAUGACAGGUUCUAUCAUGACAAGGUUUUAAGAUUGUUGACUUGGACCUGUGCUUGUCUAAUGUUGUAGUUAAACUGUGAUUUAAAAACAAAACAAAACAAAAAAAACACGGAGGGCAAUGCUGCUAUUGCUUACAACUUGCUUCAAGUUUGUAGUUCCCACCUUCAUUAUUUCCCCCUUUUCUGUACUAAUAAGCAGAUCUUAUUAAACAUAGUUGUAUGAUGCUGUGACGUGUGGUCGUCUUUUGCAUGGCCUCAGUGUUUUCCUGUAACUCUGUGUUGCAUGAAUGUACCGUCUACACCACACCGUCUAAUGAUGAUAUGCGUCUUGUACAUUCUGAUGAAAUUCAUUUUGACGCGCGUGUAUUUAACAGAACUCGGAGCAGGCUGAGCCACACCCUAACCACUAAUUCACCUCUUCAGUGCUCGCUGUGCAUUUAAAAAGUGCUUUAACCACAACGUCUGGCUUUUAAAAAAACAAAAAAAAAAAAAAAAAAAAAAAAAACGAAAGAAAA